AUGGCUGAUGAAGAGCAACCAUCCGGUUCAAUUGAGGACCGUAUCGCUCAUAAGAACUGGAAGUGGCGUUCGAGUGGAUUCGAAGAGUUGACAACAAAGUAUAAGAACUCAUUCGAGUCAACUGGUGCACUAUACAAUGAUCAUGGCCACAACUUCAAGAAGUACUUGGCUGAUAUCAACCCGAUGGUACAGGAGAAGGUGUUGGAGACGUUGGCAACAUUCAUUGAUCGUUGCGACACGGUCAAGGUGUUUGCCCCGUCAUUCGCGCCUAUAUUGGUCGAGAAGUGUUUCUCAUCGACAAGACCCAAGGUCAAGGACAAGACCAUAGAAGUAUUGCUCGCUACAAUCGAAGCAGACUCACCCGAGGCCGUAGUCGACAGUUUGCUCAAGGGCACGACCAACAGCUCACCCAAAGUCAUGACAGCUUCAUUGAUCGGUCUAAGAGAGGCUUUGAAGACGUUUGGACCAAAGGUCAUACCGGUCAAGUCGAUAUUGAAGCAGUUCCAACCAUGGUUCGAGCAUCGAGACAAGGCAAUCAGAGAUGAAGCGAUGGCACUCAUUGUCGAGAUAUAUAGAUGGAUGAAGCAGGCGUUGUUACCUCUGCUCGACAGUCUGACAGCACUUCAACUCAAGGCACUCAAUGAGACAUUCGAGAAGUUACCAAACGACCCUGCCAUCCCACUCAAAUACAUGAGGAGUGAGGCUGCCAAGGCCCAAGCUCAGGCCGCCAAAGGAAUAAAACCAGAAGUUGUAGAAGUAGAGGAGAUCGAUCCUUACUCAAUGAUCGACGCUGUAAAUAUAUUGAACAAGAUCACUGGGGAGUUCUAUGAGGGCAUGGAGGCAAAGAAGUGGCAGGAGCGACAGGCACAGAUUGACAAGUUGGUGGAGAUACUGCAGUCAUCUCCAAAGAUUGAGAAUGGCGACUUUAAUGAGUUGUCACGAACUCUCAAGAAGACACUGGCCGACACAAACGUCAUGAUUGUCACCAAGGCCAUUGUGGCUGUCGGUCUGCUUUGCGAGGGCCUUCGCACACAGUACACAUCACAGGUCAAGCAAUUCCUCGUGCCAAUCAUGGAGCGCUACAAAGAGAAGAAGCCACAGGUGGUGCCAGCGAUACACGUCACAAUGGAACAGAUCAUCACGAGAACCCUGUCACUGCCUGACAUGGUCGAGGAUUUGACCACGAUGCUGGGCUCCAAGGUGGCACAGGUCAAGAUCGAAGUGCUCAACUUCAUGCACAAGACAAUGUCCACAACCAAGAAGCCACAGGAUGUCGUCAAGGUUGCCAAGCAACUGGCCAAGGUGCUGAUGGAUACCCUGAACGACACUGAUGGCGCAGUUCGUGAUGGUGCUGCCAAGACAUUUGCUGUUCUGGCAAACGUCAUUGGUGAGCGUGGCAUGGCACCAUACUUCAAUCAACUGGAUGCCAUCAAGCUGAAGAAGAUCAAGGAUUUGAUGCCCACAGCCCCUGCACCGGUCGCCGUCGAGGCACCCGUGGCCGCGGAGGAGGAUGGCAAGAAGGGAGCUGGCGGCAAGCCCGCAGCACGAGCAUCAACUGGAGCUGCCGCGCCACCACCACCAGCAAUCUCAUCAUUGGAAGAGUAUGCCAAGAAGUUGUCAGACGUCAUUCCAUCAGAUAUACUCUCGCGACUGGACAGCCAGAACCUCAAGGACAGAGUCGAAGCCACCGAGGCAAUAUAUGAGGCCGUGAGCAAUGGCGCCAGAGCAGGCAUGUCCGAGCCUUUGAUCAGCUACAUGCAAGAGAAACCAGGAUGGAAGGAGGUGAACUUCCAGGUCACCAACAAUCACCUGGGCAUCAUUGGAGCGCUGGCAACACAAGACACAUCAUUCUCCAAGACAACAGUGUCACUGUUCCUCAGCGCAGUGUUGGAGAAGCUGACCGACGUCAAGCUGAAGGAGAAGGCGACAGAGACACUGAUGCUGGUGUGCGAGGCUCUAGCACCCGAGGCCGUGUUCCAACUCGCGUACUCAGCCGCACUAGGCAACAAGAACCCCAAGAUCACAGAGUCGACACUUGUGUGGAUGGCACAGGCACUCGAGGAGUUUGGAGUCAAUUCGAUCUUGUUCAAACCUCUCUUUGACUUUAUUAAGGGAUGCAUGGAGUCGUCGUCCACACCCGUCAAGACCUCGGCCAUCAAGGUGCUCUGUGUGCUGCGCGUCGCAAUCGGACCAGCCCUGCUCGACUACCUGUCAGACAUCAAGAAACAACUACUGGACGCCACCGAGAAGGAGUUUGCCAAGGUCAAGGACAUGCAACCCCAACCACAAUCGCGUCAGCCACGCGUCGAAAGCGAGGUGCCGCGCACAGAUGUCGGCGCCAAGUUCAACAGCAUCUUGUUGGCCAAUCUUUCGGACAAUGAUUGGAAGCAGCGACAGACUGCCCUGGAGGAGAUUGAGCGCAUACUGAUCGAUGCCAACCUCAAGAUACAACCCAAGCUUGGAACACUCAUGAGCUGCAUUGGCAAGGGCCCACUCACAGACAAGAACCAAAAGGUGAUCACGACAUCGCUCACACUCGUGUCGCUGUUGGUCACUUCGGUUGGCCCCGCCAUUGAGAAGUCCACCCGAACAUUACUGCCCGGCAUCGUUUCGCUGUUGGCCGACUCCAAGAAGCAACUGCGCGAUGCUGCAUUGGCCUCAAUGAACUUUUUGUCACAGGAGCUGGGCGUCGACAUGUUCGUGUCGCCCAUCGCCACGCUGCUCACUCAGGAAUCAGCCACAAGUCGCAAGGAAGGACUCGUUUGGAUACUGUCCAAUAUCGCAGCGGUCAAGACUCAGACUGAUCUGCCACAGCUUAUCAAACCAAUCAUCACAUGCCUGCAGGACAAGAACGUUGAGAUACGAUCCAACUCGGAGCAGCUGCUGGCCGCCAUCAGUGCCAGUGUUCCAGGCGAUGUGAUCAAGAAGGAGAUGCGUGAGGUCAAACCCACGAACCAGACAGCUAUACAAGCGGUCAUUGACAGAUACUAUGGAAAGAAGGGCGCUGGUGCUGCUGCUCCCGCCCCAGCCACAGCCGCGUCCAAGCUGAGUGCCCGCGCUCAGUCACCGGCCCGAGCAUCCACUGGCAGCCGCAUUACAACGCCAACUCCAUCACCAUCCGUCACACCACGACGUGGCUCAUUCUCGUCGUCUACAACACCACAAAAGAUGCAACCACUGCAGCCAUCGCAACCGCUGCAGCCGCCUGCCGCCUCGUCCCCCUCGAUAACGGACGAGUUCAUCAUCAAUGAUCCCAACGGCAAGUCGACCAGACAACGCAGCACCACUCAAUCAUUCCACUUUUUGGAAACAGACGAGAUACAGGAGCAGCUCCAGGAACAGGUUGGCGCGACCUUUAGCGAGGAGUUUGCCAACAUGAUGUUCUCAGCCAACUCGUCGCAUCAACAACAGGUCGUGGACAUGCUGGCUAGCGUCGCCCAGGAGGACGGAAACAUCGACCUUCUCAUCAGUGUCCUCGACAUCGUGUUUAGAUGGUGCUCAUUCAAGCUGUUUGACGUUGGCUUGACUUCGCUCAAGAGGACACUGUCGCUGCUCGAGACGAUCGCCCAGCGCAUGAAGGCUGUCGAGUACUUCAUCAGCGACUACGAGGCCGGCUGCAUACUGCCGGUCGUCACCGAGAAGAUGGGCACGACCAACGAGACUUUCAAGCAGACACUCAAGCAGGCGUACAAGGAGCUGGCCGAGGUGACGCAGCCCAACUCACUGUUCAAGUACACGUUGGAAGUCACCGCCAAGACCUCCAACUGGAGGACGCGAUUCGAAUGCAUCUCAGAUCUGGGCAGUCUGAUCAAUCAGCAUGGCGCGGCAGUGUGUGGUAACAACAUCAAGAGCGUUAUAUCCAUCGUCGCCAAGUCAUUGGCAGACCGCGAGCCCACCGCCAAACAAGCGGCGGCCAACACACUCACACAACUGUACAGUCACAUUGGCGACGACAUCUGGAAGCACAUUGGCAACAUAUCGGCUGCCGAUCGACAGACACUCCAAGGCAUGUUUGGCAGCUCGUCAGUCAGCUCGCCAAGCACAGCUGGAAGCUCAAAGGUGCCGUCGACACAGCAGGCACUGCAACGCCCUCCCGACGACGAGGAGACGCUCAAGAUACAAGAGUACCUCAAUGUGCUCACCAACUACACAGACGAGACGUUCGACACAGUGGUCGAGUACCUCAAGCAUCUGUCCAACUAUCUGGCCAACUCACAGUCAUUCGCCGAGAAGUUCCUGUACUUUAGCGAGCAGUAUCUGCUCAACCUCACUAACAUCCUGCUGAGCAUCUUCCCGCAGGUCACCAACGACCAGACGAUCUUCCGCCUCUGUAAAUAUCUGAUACACACGAUCGUGACGAUCUACUCGAACGAGUUCAUAGCCAAGCGUACCUCGGUGGUGGCGCUGCAGACCGUGCUGUCCGAGUCGAUCCGUCUGCUGGUGGGUCACACCGCUGGAGCGGCCGGCCAGAACCAGGAGGACCUGAACUGGAUCAACAAGGCACUGAACCAAGUACUGUUGCGUACACUCCAGAACAGCAACAACACGACGCUGUUGAGCGCGUUGCUCCAGAUGAUGACAAAGGUGAGCGCGCCCAAUCAGAAGCAGGUGUCGCCCAAGUACAAGGACUUGCUGCUCAAAUGCAUGCAGCGCGCUUCCAAGCCACUCAAGGAGGCAGCGCAAGCGGGCUCGCCAAUCGAGAUGGAUGUGUCGGCCAUCUUGCAAGAGGUAGGCACGCUGCUUCAAUAUCAGAAUGGAGAGAUCGACGAUACAUUCAAGAAGGCUGCCGAGAGACUCACACAAGACAUCGUCACUCUCAAUCAAUCCGAUGUCGUGGCAUUCUGCAAGCGAAUCAACUCUGCACAGCAAGCCUCCAAGCACACCAACCUCUUUGCACUGUUGGCCAAUCUACUCGGUGGCAAGCAGGCCUUUGACAAGCUUGUCGCUGUGAAGGAUCAACAAGCCCAGCCUCAGCCCAAGUCGCACAAGAGUCUUGGGGACAGUGCAGAGUUCCUGGACAUUGCGCAGUUGGGUGUGGCACCCUUGAAUACACCGGAUAUCUUGAAGCAGGACAACAUCACCAUCCCUACGCUGAGUGACAUAUCAUCUAGGAGUGGCACGUCCACGCUGGAAGAGCAACGCUCCACCGUCAACAAGGAGCCGCGCAACUACUCUGCCGCCAAUGACGAUGAGAAGAGACAGCUGGCGAUAAAGAUCUUCCGCAAGGUGGGCUCGCGCGAUGAGACCACCGAAGGUCUCUACGACCUCCAUUACUUCAAGAAACAGUUCCCAGACUACGACGUCAGUCCACACAUCAACAGGUCGACAGGUCCCUUCCAGGCAUACAUACAUCGAAGUCUGACAAAGAUUGCCACUGAGAGGGAGCAUGCACGCUCCAACGUGCCCGAACCACCAGAGGUGGACUACAUGGAACGACUUCGCGAGAUACAGAGAAAGGCUCAUCGUGAGAACAGUCUGGGCGAGUCAUAUGGCGAUGAAAGCAAUCAACUUACCGCCACAAUGGCACUGAACACAUUGAAUAGACUUCGAAACAAGUAUGCCAGUGGACAAGAUGUGACUACAAACAACGACACGAUGAUGACAUUACCAACUGCACCAACAACCACUUCAACAUCAUCAUCAACAUCACUCAACAUGACUGGAGGUCGUAGGACGACUGUUAGUGGAGCUGGAAUUGGUGGUGCUGGUACUGGCACUGGAGGAGUAGGUGGAGGCGAGAGCACGCAGGACCUUUCAGCGACUGUUGCAUCACUGCGUCAAAGACUGGCGCAUAUCAAGGAGACAUCUCGCACUUCCACUUAA